CAACAUUGCUUAGUCUUAACCAUAGUUCCACCACCAUCUUCUCAAGGCUACAACUUAAAAGCUUAACCAGAAAUGGAGAAAUCACAACGCUGGAGUUACGUGAAAGACAAGGCUAUAGUCUCCAACCUUGCUGAACAAGAAUGGGAGAAUAGCAUGGAUGGAGAAGAGGAGGAUGUAGGAGAUGAAGACAAAAGGAAGAGAGUGAUGGAGAGAGCUAGGGGUACUAACACAGAUCGUGUUCCACCGCGGCUAUGCCAGGUCCAUAGGUGCACUGCUAAUUUAACUGAAGCCAAGCAGUAUUACCGCAGACACAAAGUCUGUGAAGUUCAUGCAAAGGCAUCUGCUGCAACUGUUUCAGGCGCCAAGCAACGUUUUUGUCAACAAUGCAGCAGGUUUCAUGAGCUACCAGAGUUUGAUGAAGCUAAAAGAAGUUGCCGGAUGCGCCUAGCUGGACACAAUGAGAGGAGAAGGAAGGUUUCUGGUGACAGUUUCGGCGAAAGGUCAGGCCGGAGAGGGUUUAGCGGUCAACUGAUCCAGACUCAAGAAAGAAACAAGGUAGGCAUGAAACUACCUAUGGCCAACACAUCAUUCAAACGACCAUAG